AUGGAGGCCAAGGCUGGCACGGACGAACGCUUCUACACGCCACGAAGCUCAGCCAGGCGGGGAUACUCAAGUGCCAGCUCCGAGGACGAACGCUUCGUGUCACCCCGCGAGAGCGCACGCUCCGUCUCGUCCGAUGACAAUGAGUACGUCACGCCGCGAGAGACCGCUCCGAUCGAAGCGGCGUUUCGUGCUAGUAGCAAGCACCUGCCCGUCGCUGACCCCACGUACGAUGCGUAUGAGUACACCAAGCACCGCGGUGGAAGCGUCUCGGAGCUACGGACUGCUGCGCCACCAGCAGAUGACUACGACCUGUUCUCCGCCGCGCGACACAACCGCUAUGACUCGGUCGUCUACAUGUUAGAUCAAGGCGUGCCGGUGAACUCGAGGGAUCAAUUCGGCAACACGCUGCUGUCCAUCGCCUGUCAGAACGGCCUCAAGCGUAUCGCCAAGCUCGCGCUCCGUCGUGGCGCCAACAUCAACAGCCAAAACAAUCGAGGGAACACAGCACUGCACUUUUGCUUCUCGUACGGCUACGGUGAUUCACUCGGUGCCUACCUCAUCUCCAAGGGGGCCGACACCACCAUAGAGAACGACGACGGCCUGGUCUGUUACUACGGUAUCGCCCAGAACUCGGCGCGCAAAUAA